CCGCGAUAGGCUGAAACGAGAAAGUGUUUUGGGUUUACGUCCCCGCCCACCUGUGGCAUGUCAACAGACAGGUGGCCAUAGUCGUGGAGGAGUAGGGUCAACGCCAGAAAGAAAUUAAAAGGAAAAAGGAAGUCAAAACGAGGUGAUGCCUGAGCUGACGUUGUCUGCGGCUGUGCAACUGAUGCUCCUGCUGUCGGCCUUCCCGGCUCAGUACCUUAUCCACAAAUGGAGCGGCAACACGGCAGAGCAGCGUCUCCACGCGUCAGCACAGUUGGUUGAGGCGUGGAAAGAGUGGAGCGAUUCUUACCUCAGCGUUUCUGCGUGGAGCGAGUGGACCCAGCGGCAGCUUUACAAAGUCCUGUCGAUGCUCGGUAUGAAUAUGGAUAAGGAGGACAAACUGUUCACUAUGGAAAUCAUGAUGAUUGACAACGACCAGGGAUUCUUUGGAGGUUUGCGCCCAUCAAGUGCAUCUAAGGCGGUGCGCAGUCCGCGGCCACCUUACGUCUUCCUGAGGGUGGGCGAGGUCGUGAUGGACCGCAAGGGCCACCGAAUCGGCGUGGUAGUGAGCUGGGACAGCGAGAUGCGGGCCCCCGCCGAGUGGGUGUAUAAGAUGUACAGCAACAGAAAGCAGGGCGUCGCAGCCGAGAGGACUCCCCAUUACAAAGUUCUGUUCAGUGGGGCAGGACCUAACCAUGUAAUAGUGGGCUACCUGCCUCAGACUCAUCUCAAGCGUGUCACUGGAAAAAAACCUAACAUUCCCAGCUUGGACCACUACUUCAGUCAUUUUGACGGCAAACGCUUCGUGCCGCAAACAUGGCUGAAAGAGAUUUUCCCGGAUGACGACAUUGACGAUGCCUGAACGUCAUGGCUCACGAGACGAAAACGAUGUUGAUCGUGGUGAUUUCACCAAGGGAAGUAGCUCAUUUGAAUGGAUGGUGUCACACAGUACAGUGUACAAGUCUUAGCCACAAUUGCCAAUGUAAACAAACAGCAGCCAUUUUCCAGUGUGCCUUCCAAAGUAUUUUAAGUCACAUUUUAACAAUGGAUAUGACCCAUGUGGUUGAUUCGGGUGUAAAGUUAGCUCGCUUCACGCAUUCAUGAAUAAGUUGACCACUGUCGAUAUUACCAAACAAUACUCAUGGGUCAAUGUGGCCCAACGUGAAAGAAUAACAAUGCAACUUCCUUUUUAGAAAUGUAAUUUAUUCCUAAUUUAAUGACAUUUAAAAUGGCUUUUCAUUUUUUUCUCGUUUUUCAAAGGCGUCAAUUUGAUCCAACACGUUCAGGAGGGUUGAUAGACCAUUUUUAUGCUGCGCUUUCAGUGUUGAGAAAAAAAAAGCCAAAGAAAAAGCAUCCCUUGCGGGGGGAGUUAAUCCAGUUAAUCCUUGCAAAA